AAAUAUUGGAUUUAACAGUAUUUCAGAUGAUCCGAUCUUAAAUGACUCCAUUCCCUUGGUACCCAGUCCAGUCUGUUGAAUAAUCAGUAUAAAAGGAUGCCAUGUAUCAGGUGGUGGGGCAGCAGUUGGCAAACUGAACUUUGAUGCCUCUUGCUGCACUUUCCAAGGCAAGAAAAAGUCCCACCAUGGUCUUUGGAUCAAAUUUGAGGAACUGAGACAACACAGUGAAAUUUUCCAGCUUGGGGGCUGUAUUAACUGGAUUGGGAGAUGCAGGAAUGAUAUGUGAAUCUAGGCAAAUCAAAGGAAAGACACCUGUUAAAACCCAAUACUGUUUGACUCCCUGAAGCACGUGUGCAUCUUACUGAGGGGUGUUGGGGAGGAGGGGAAAGCAAGCUGAAAAAGACUAGUAAAAGAUUAAUUUGGGCCAGGAAAGAACCAUAAACUUGUACUUACCCCAACAAAUAGAGCACUUGAAUGCACAGUCAGCACAUGGAGCACCACCCAAGGGGAUGAUGGGAGAAUAAGCUGCAGCGAGUAGAUCCUGGGCACAGACAUUCAUUAGGGAGAGAGUCAAGGUCAAUAGUUCAGCAGCGAGUGGCACAGAAGAGGCGCCCAGGGCUGCAACCCACGCCCAGAUUGCUUGUGUGCCAGGAAGGGAAGUUGAGCAAGAAAGGCCUACAACAGCAUUCAACCACAAAGAUACACACAGGGGGCGGGGGAGGGAAGAGCUGCAUCUAGCACUGGUUGCAGCCAUGGAGAGCUCAGUGCUGUCCUGUGUCCUCUACCCAGGUGAUGGGAGCCUUGGCACGGAGGGGCUGCGUGGGCAGGUGGAGCAGCCGCAGCAGCAACUAACAAACGUGGGAACAGCUCCAGGGGAAGCACAGAACAGCUACUGCAGCCACCUAGUUGGUCCCAUGGAGGGCAGCACAGCAACCACUGCUGCGGAAGAAGAGAAGAGCGGUGGCACCCAGCUGCCCCUGGCGGCGCCUUGUGGCUUUAGCUCCUCCCUGUGCUUUAGUGCACCUGGAGGAGCAGACUCAGCACCACGACAGGAGCCUGGGGCUGCUGCUGCCGCCUCCCCAUCACCUUCGCCAUCGCCACCAUCCUCAUCGUCCUGCAGCCGUGUAGUGAAAAGCCAGUGGGAGAUCAACAGUGCGGCAUCAGAGUCAGAGGAGGAAGAGGAGAGUGAAGCAGGUGAGGGUGGGCCAUGCUGCCUGCGGCCUGGGGAGGAGCCGGACUUGGUGAUCGAAGUGUGUGGGCGGCGGGUGCGGGCGCACAAAGCGGUGCUGGCAGCCAAGAGCGACUAUUUCCGUGCCCGCUCAUCACGGGACGUACUGCGACUCAAGGGAGUGAGCUACGGGGCGCUUCGCCUCCUGCUUGACUACGUGUACACGGCACGCAUGGGUGGCAUCCGCCACGACAACCUGGCUGAGGUGGUGAGCGGCGCCCGUGUGCUGCAGAUGCCAUGUGCCCUGCACUGUGCUGCUGAAGCCAUGCGUGCCCAGCUAAGCCUCCAAAACUGCUACCAGCUGCUCUGCCUGGCCAAGAAGCAGCGCCUCACGGAGCUGCGUGAGGCCACCUACCGCUUCAUGAGUGACCACUACCUUGAGGUGCUGCGGGAGCCCAGUGUUUACGGCCGCCUCAGCGGCGCUGAACGCGAUCUCAUCCUGCAGCGCCGCCUGGAUGCCGGCCGGCCCUGCCUGCUGGUGGCCGAGGUGAGCGAUGCUUUGGAGAGGCUUGGGGGGGUGGGAAGCCGGCCACAGAGCCGUGAGAGCAGCCGGCCACAGAGCCCCUCGUCUGUGGUAUCCCUGGAGGACAGUGGUGCACUCAUCUAUUGCUACCAGGAGGUGACAGGUGAAUGGCGGGUACUGACACGCCUGCCCGAUGAGGCCAAUGCCAAGGGCUGUGCGAUAUGUGUGCUCCACAACUACCUCUUUGUGGCCGGGGGCCUGGCAGCAGCAGUGCCAGGUGAGCCGCGUACUCGCCCCUCGGACAAGGUCUUCUGCUACAAUCCUCUCACGGACAACUGGAGCCAGGUGCGCCCGCUAGCCCAGCCCCGGGCACAGCUCAAGCUGCUGGCACUGGACGGCUACCUGUAUGCUGUGGGUGGCGAGUGCCUCUUCACCGUGGAGCGCUAUGACCCACGGGCUGACCGCUGGAGCGCUGCUGCACCCCUGCCCAAGGGUGCCUUUGCUGUGGCCCACGAGGCCACCACAUGCAACGGUGAGAUCUAUGUGUCAGGUGGCUCACUCUUCUACCGCCUGCUCAAGUAUGACCCCAGGCGGGACGAGUGGCAGGAGUGCCCCUACAACAGCAGCCGCCGCCGCUCUGCUGACAUGGUGGCCUUCAAGAACUUCAUCUACCGCUUCGAUGUGAGUGGCGGCCGUGGCGAGCAGGCUGGCAGCAGCAGCAGUGGUGGUGUCGAGGUCUUCCGGUACAACACAGUGGCUAAACGCUGGAGCCAGUGUGCCUCCCUGCGGCCCAGUGGUAGCAGCGCACUGCAGCCCUUCCGCUGUGCUGCACUGGGCCGCACCAUCUACUGCAUCAGCCGUGCCGGUGUCCUGCGCUUCAGCUUGGCGGCUGAUGGUGAGGUGGAGUCAGACGGUGGCCUGAGGGGCAGCUUUGAUGCAGAACUCCUCAGAGCACCCCAGGACAGCAAGGGCCUUCUGUUGCCCUUUGUACUGAUGCUGCCAGAUGGGGCAGACCGAGUCGGGGAGCAGGAGGGCACAUCCACACCAUGAAGCUGGCUGGAGCAGGGCUGGCAUCAGGAGUGGGCUCUGGGCUGUGCUCAGUAGCAUGGCACUGCUGUGUGGGGCCUCAAGAGGCAUCUCCAGGGUGGCAGGACAAGGUGGUGCUGGGGUGGGCCCUUGGUAGAGCUACCCUUGGGGGAGUGCUGCCAGUGUAUGAGCAUGCACAAGGCAAGAUGGGGCACCCCAUCUCUCACUGAUCUGGAGCCAUCCCAUUCUGUACCAGGCGCUGUGCAUACCCAGCCAUGCGCAUUAAGGGAGAAGGCUGCUAAAAAAGGAUCAUCUUUGGAUAACAUUAACGCCAAUUCUCAAUCUUGGAAGAGAACUGCGUGUUUUUUUUGUUUGUUUGUUUGUUCCCCCCCCAGAUAUGAAUCCCUGAGAGUAGAGGCUUAUCACGAUAGUGCCAGUCUCCUUUGUAUGCCCUGUUGCAAAGAGUGGCUGCUUCCUUUUGUUUUCUCUUCUCUCUUGGAUGUGAACAGUGCUGGCAAUAUAGCUUGAAUGAAUUCUGUUUACCUUUGAUGGUAAACUAAACAUUUUCCUGUGUUAGAAAAGUAUAGGGAGAACAUCUGAAUCGCAGCCUUUCAUUUUUAUUUCUGUUUUUUUCUUUGGUGCAGUAGUUUCUUUAAUGAAGACAUGGCACGGUGUGGCCCCAGGAAUUUCAACCACAAUGAAUGAUUUAACAGAGACCAGACUUGGUCUUUAAGCAACACAAAUGUCUGCCACAUGUUCCUAUUUGGAAAAGAGGGGGGAAAAAGUCAUGUUACCUUUUAAAAGAUGACAUAUUAUUGCAGAAGCAAAGUUCUGUGGCAGGAUGAAGAGGCGAUUUCUGUAAAUAAUGUUUUUUAUCACAAGUUUUAAAUUAUAACAAAUAUGAAGUAAAGAUAUUUAAGCCAUGACAGGCUGUGUAUGCCACUGUGUUCUGGAAAAAUGUUUUGUAAUUCACUUCUCUUUAAUUAACUGUAAAUCAAAGACAGUUAAUCUAAACCAAAUGCAAAUCCCUUGAAAUCAACUAAGAACAUUUAAAUCCUUCAUCUUUAUGUCCAGUAUCCCAUAGCAAGAUACUCUUUAGCACAGUACAAGGCUAUCAUAGGAGAACAAGCUAAAAAAAGCAUUUGCUACGAAGGCCAGCUAUACUUCUACGUUAGCAUGAUGUUAAUAUUCCCCCAUCUUUUAAUUGCCAGAUUGGUUUAUUUAUUUCAAGUUAAUGAUUGCUGUAAUUACUAAUAUACUGGUCAAUUACAGUACAUGUCAAUAUCAUAUACCGUUGUUUGGAUUUUGAACCCCAUGGAAUAUUUUUUUUGUGGAGCAGAAUCUUGAGAAUGGAAAAAUGUGAUGGAUUCUCUUUGCCUGUUGGAAGUUGGAACAUGUGUUUUGUUAUGUUAUUCAGAACUAAAAAUGUAGACCACCUGGGCAGACAUGCUAUGUUAAAACGGCACUAGCUUUUAUUUUCUAUAUUUUCUAUAUAGCCAUUCAGCACAGGGAUAAGGCAAAACUUUGUAGCUUUACAUUUAAGUCAAUUUGAGAAACCAUUUCCUAAAAUAGACCAAGUGUUUUUACUAUUGGUAAUUCAGCCUGGAAUUGUCACUUGAUUAUGGAAAGGAAUAGUUUGAGUAUUCAUCUUCUAGAAGGGUACAGAAACUUUACAUAAAGAGCAGCAGGAGACGAGUUUUCUCACGUUUGAUUAAAAUGUCCUGCUUUAAGCAGAAUACCGACAGUAAAAUUCUUUGGUAGUUCUAAAGCAAGGCAACUGAUUCAUCUAUAGACAACUUCAUCUUGACAUAAAGAAAAAGAGUAGUUUACAUUUUAUAGGGUUGUGUUUUUAUGUUUCUUUUUCAUUUUUUUUCAGUUUUGUUCCCCCUCCCCCCCCGCCCAUGGUUUUGCAGAGUUAGUCUGAUUAGACAUUGUUUAGAAAUUAGUGGUCCAAACAGAAAGCUUUCAGUGAAGCAGAUCUAUCUGCCCCAAGUAAAUAUAUGGGAAGUCUUGCCCUGGGUAAGUACCCCAGGACUAUGCUAUAUGCAGUGUAGCCUGGCUUGAGUACAGGUUGCUAGAGGGGGAUUCAACACUGAAGUUAGAAUUUAUUUUGUGUAUUCACUCACAUAUUCGAUACUUGACUUGCUGGUCAAUUUCUCAUUUGGAAAAAUGUCAUUUUGAGUUUUUGCUCUUAAUUUAGUACCACUUUCUAAAUAGUAGCAGAGUUGUGAACGUUAAAAAAAUGAUUUAUGUGUAUUGGACUGUCUUUCAUCUAACUAGCAAUCAGAGUGAAUAUUUAACAUGCUGUGUGCAAACACUUAAGCAAUUAAGUGAAGUAAAAGCUGUCCGUAAGUGUUUGCUGAAUUGGGGCUUUAACCAGUAUAGGGAUCAGAUGCAUGUACUGAUAGAUCCCUUUUAGCUUUGAUAGUACAGUUCCUGACUUAUUUCAGACCUUAUUUAGUACAGUGCCUGUACGACAGUUCUAGUGAAGAAGCUAACUGUUUUGUAUUCUUUUUCUUUCAGGUUUAAUGUGAUAGCAUUUCCUGAAAAUGUCCUCACAUUUGUGGGAAAUCGCUGUGACGUCCAGUCAUAAAAAUAAUCCACAGGCUUUCCACAAAAGUUUGAAAAUUACCUUUUCCCUCCUAAUAAAAAUGUUUGCUGAUGUAGUGUACUAGAAAACAAACAGCAUUUACAAAACCAGUAAUUAAUAAGAGUAAAUCAAAAGUGCUGCAAAAAUAAUUUUAAGGCACUUUUUUUUUGCCAUUACGUAUGUUAGGAAUGAUCGCAUUGGGCUGGAAACUGCUUUUACUAUUUACUCAGUGUAAGUGAGAGCAGAAUCUGGUCUUCAUUAGUAGUAGUUGGGCAAGUAGAAUUUCCUUUAUACACUAUUUGCAUAAUUGCAGCCAGAUGAUUGAUUUCUCUGACAUUUUCUAGCUGGUUUCCUAUUCCAUGGCCUCUGUCUCAUACUCUCUAAGCCUAAGCAUGCCUACUGUGUUUUCUCCCCUUCUUUCCAUAGUUGUAUCUUGAGUGACAGAUUGAACAAGUGAGCUGAAGUGAUGAUACACGCCUUUCUAGCAAACAUUACCAGCAGAUGUAAAUCUACAAACCAGUUGCAUUAAAAGGAACCUUUAAUUGCUGUAAUUCCAUUUGUAUGGAUCUUGUUUAUACCUUAAAACUAAUUCAAAGGAAUUAUUAGCAAAAGAAUAACUGUUUUCUCAAUCAGUGUAAAAACCAUGAAAUAAAAUGGCAAUGCUGUGGACCAAGGCUGUCCAACUUCUGGAAAGCCAGAGGCUGCAGGCUCAGGGGCCACACACUGAAUGGGUAGAGUGGGCACCCUGACCAGUGCACCCCUGCUGUAUGCACAGUGUGGGCAGUCUGGCUUCCACCUCUCUUGGCUGCUCACACUGCACUGGCUGCCCAGUGCCCCUCUGCCCCCACCACCACAUGCAUAAUAGCAUGGGCAGCCCCCACUCUCAUGGUACCAGCAGUCUGACUCUCCCCUGCUGCAUGCGCAGCAACCACUUAGUGUGGAUAGCCAUACUUCCUUUGCCACAUGUGCAGCUCAGGUGCUCCAGCCCGUUCCUAGCUCCUGGGGCAGGACCAACUGGGGGGAGGAGGAGGAAGAGUGGCAGCCAGUAAAGAGACCAUGGACUAUAUGCCAAUGUUUUAGGGGCCUCUUGCGGCCCACACACCACCAGUUGGACAGCCCUGCUGUGGACCAUACCUGUUUAAUAAUAUUUAUGCAGUAACAAAUGUGAAUUCCAUGCAAAAUGUAAUCCCUUGUAAAUAAAUAUCUGCGAAUUUCAAUUCCUAAAAAGAAUAAAUUAUUCACAUACAAGGUGUACCUCUCCUAUGCUGUUUGGUUAGCUAUCAACAUGGUUGCUUUCAGUACCUCUGCUUAUCUAUUGUUUAGGAGUAGCUUUUGCUUUUCUUGCUUUAUGGCAUCCAUUUAUGUUGCCUGCUCUACAGAUGCAUUAUAUAAGUGCAGAGCUUAAGGUUGGCUUGUUCUAUGUCUAGUGACACCUAGCAUUUUUCACUGGAAUAAAAAUCUGAAGUUUUAGAGAGCUAUAUUUUUCCUAGUUUGAGCCUUUUGCAGGGAUUUUGGUACAGUUGUAAAAAUUAAAAAGGAGGAAGAAGAGGAUAACUGUGGUAUCUUUAGAGUAAUUGUAGUAAGAGUUGCUUAAUAAAUCCGUUUUUAAAUGAUUUAUCUUGCAAUUGUUCUGUGCACCAAACCUGCAUUGGAUUGAAUAGGAGUUUUAUGUGUAUUUUGAGAAAACAGCAAGGGCUUAAAUCAUUCUUUAGAAAAAAGUACCACUUAAUUUAAAUAGGAAAGUUUGGCCAAAUACUGCUUUCAGGCAAUUCACUGUAAACAUGGAAUAGUUCCACUAAUUUCCACUUCUACAGCUUAAACCAUUAUUUGGUAUGCACACUCUCUAGGGAUAUUCUGCAUUCAUAACCUGUGCAGUCUCAUUCUCUAUUCAUUUUGGCUCAAGAAAUGGGAAGUGUUGGGAUAAAUUUACUAAUGGGAAGUGCUGGAAUAUACUUACUAGAAUUAGUACGCUCUUUUGUAUAUUAGAAGCUCUCUCAGCUUCCCAAGUUACUACCAUAUGCCCUGUAGGAAGGAGAAAAGGUAAUAUCUCGAUAGAAAAACAACAAACUACUAUAUAUUUAACCAAAAACAAACUAAAAUAAUGGUAGAUGGGAGGGGACUAAAAGUAGUAUUUUUAGCCAGAAACGAAAACACCGCCAACCUUGUUAAAAUGCUUUACUAAACAUGGUCUUAUGUGAAACUAUGUUAGGAAAGUGUGUAUAUUUUCAUAACGGAAGCACAUCUCAAACAAAUAGUGUUUUUCAAUAAGCUAGUUUAUUGCAGCAACCUGUGCUUUGCUUUUAAGUUUUAAUGUUAGUGAUGGAUAAAUACUAGGCAAAUUUGUGAAAAUUCAAUGAAACCAUGUUGAUGCAGCCACUUAUCUGUCACAAAUUAAUUGAUGCAAUGCUUCAGACACUGUGCACAAUUCAGGUGAAUUACAUGUAUAACUGAUAUAUUAAACAGUUUGUUUUUAAAUUGCAGGCAAAAAAAUCACUGUAAAGCUUUUUAUGUACUCCAAUUUAUGCUGUAGUGGAAUAAAUAAAUAUAAAAAAGAAUAUUCCCCCUUUA